AAUCUCACACAUAAGUUAUGUGUUAAUCCCAAGAAAAUGGCCCGUAUAGAGAAAUGGAAGGUUUUAGAUGUUUAACUUUUGGGUUUGAUCAAUUUUCUUCAAUGCAAUCUGCUCUUAGUCGUCUCUUUCAUGAUCUAACUUCAAAAGUUGAUGAUAGUUUAAGCAUAUCAUGCGUAUGCUGUUGAGAUCACUUUGGAAACUACUUAAUUGGUCUCUUCUGUCCCAAUAGAGUAUGAAGAAAUCAAGUCCAUAUUACAGAAGAAGAAGAUGCUGGGAUUUGAAUACCCUUAAUGUUUGUUUAUAUUUAGAAUUUAAUCGUGUUUUGAAGUGUAAAGCAUGGAUAAUCGAGCAUCAAGGACUUUGCUGAACUAAGUUAGGCGCUUGCCCUACUUGAUUUAUGAUAUGUUUCCACAGAAAUGACUUUCUUUCAGCAGACCCAACUGCCAUUGUUGUCUCUGUCUCUGUCUCUCUCUCUCGCCCUACCCAGUUGUCGUCUCCCUCACUCUCUUAUCCACAUUGAUACACAUAUAAAUAAUCCUAAGUUGCAAACAAAACUACCCAUUCGAUUCACUGCUGGUGCUAUCAUCAUCCCAUUUCUUUUGAAUUAUUUGAAAACAGGAGAGAUUCUAAUGGAGCUUCAACUUGCGCUAGCACUUUAUGUUCCUGAUCGCACCAGAGGCUUCGACCUGAACAGAAAUGCAUGUGAUAGAGAUGUGUUUGGUUCAGAUCCGAGGAGCUGUGUGUGUGAACAAAGCACGAGCCAUGGUAGACACAAGCGUGGCUUUGAAGAUGCUUUCUUUAAGUGCAAAGACUCGUCUAAAGAUCUGUCUUUGCUGCUGUGGAGCGAUCGCUCUAACAAGGAAGAUGAUGACAGAAAGGACACCAACCAUAGAAUUUCCUGUGCUAUACACAUUAAUGUUGGAGAGGAGAACAAAGUUGUAGGGUGGCCACCCAUUAAAUCAUGGAGGAAAAGGCACCUGCAUCAGCUGCAACAGGACAGGCUCGGUUCUGAUCAGACACACAAUCAUUAUUGGAUGGAAGACAAUGAAGACGAUGGAAUCGUUUUUAACCCAAAAUAUGUGAAGGUGAAGAUGGAGGGAGUGGCAAUAGCUAGAAAGAUUGAUGUGGGGCUGUAUAGCUCUUAUCAGACGCUGAAAACUGCCUUGAUCAACAUGUUUUCCAGUUCUUGCUAUCAAAAGUGUGGGUAUAGCAAUGACAGCUUGACUCUCACCUAUCAGGACAAAGAAGGAGAUUGGAUGCUUGCAGAAGAUCUUCCAUGGCAGACUUUCCUAGAGUCUGUGCAGUGCAUGAAGAUUAUAAGAAGACAAUCAUCAAACUAAGGGAAGAAAUGUUUAAGAAAUUACUGCCUUUUCUUUUUAGUUCCUCUCAUAUCAUUUCUGAGUAACGAGCUAUGUGAUAAUCCAAAUAAAGGGGAAGGGUUUAGUUCAUUAUGUUUGUCUGGUGGUAUCAUUUGCUACAAGAUUGAUGGAAUUAGAUUCAAUUUUAACUGUGUUGUCUGCUGAAAAAUAGAUCAAAUUAUUGCUGCCUUUUCUUUUUACUUCCCCUCA